AUGUGGUUCAAAAACCUCCAUCUCUUCAUCUUGGCCGUUUGGCUUGUUGUUUUGUUUGCCAGCAGUCGCCCGACUGACGGCGAACCCUACGAGGAUGCGUUAUUGACUCUGCAGUACAGUAUCGCGACUUGGCCGUUACGGGCUACGACUUGUCCAGGAAGGCUGGUGUCAUGUAUCAACGAAAUCAGCACUAUAUUCACUGAGGAAAAACAUGAAGGAUCCACGCAGAGCUAUUGCUGCCCUCCAAAGAGCAGUUGCAUAGCUUCUGAAAACACAGGGCGUUUUAUCUGUUGCCCUGAUGGAAUUAACUGCCUGCAUGGCGCAAUAGUCGAAGGCACCGAGGAUGGAUGUGCGGACACAUCAUGGACCCCGGCCUUCGGCACCGGCGACAAGGGCGAGGGCGAAGGACAGCCGUUCUGUUGUCUACCUGGACAGCACGGCUUACGCAGUGAUGAGGGCAAUUACUGCGUCGAUAUCUCUUCCACAAGUGUAUUAACCAAACGCGAAGGUGCCGAAAACUCCUCUAAGCCCAAAUCCGCCAAACAAAAAAAGGCUGAAAAGAUCUACGUCCCCAUCCUCUACAUCGUAACCUGCGGCUGGCUCCCCCUAAGCCUGAUAUUCGUCACCGUCUCCUUGGUUCGGUCGUAUUACAAACAGAAGAUCGCGGCGUUUAAUCGUGGCACGUGGCGGACACAAUUUCGUGAGGUGGAUAGGGAGCGGGUAGUGGACGCUGGGCUGAAUGGGUGGGGUAGAAAGGUGAAGGACUUGCCGAUGAUGGAAAAUGCCGUGGUGAGGGAGCCGAGAAGGCAGUGGAGCGAGAGGUACUGGAGAAGGUAG